CGUUGGCGAUCGUUUGAAUCUGCAACAAGCACAAUGAUUUUCAACAUUGACGAUUUGACAGUUCAUUUCCCCUAUGAUAAAAUCUACCCUGAGCAGUAUCACUACAUGUGUGAUCUAAAGAAGGCUCUGGACGCGCAGGGUCACUGUGUUUUGGAAAUGCCUUCGGGAACCGGCAAGACCGUCUCGCUUUUGGCAUUGAUUGUAGCCUAUCAAAUGCACCAUAGAAAUCAACAACGUAAACUGGUCUAUUGUUCACGAACUGUUCCUGAGAUUGAGAAAGCGCUUGCGGAAUUAAAAAGACUGAUAGCAUAUCGGCAAAGCUGUGGACUUGAAGAGGAUUUUUUCGCGUUGGGACUGACGAGUCGUAAAAAUCUCUGUCUUCACCCAGUGGUUUCUAAGGAGCGAAAGAAUAGAGUUGUAGAUACAAAAUGUCGCGAAUUGACCGCAAGCUGGGUUCGCGCUGCUGCUGGCAAGACUCGAGGUGGCGAAGCAACGGAAGCUCCACCAGAACAGACUGCAGAACAAGCAAGCAUAGAGUUAUGCGGUUUCUAUGAACAACUGGAAGCGACAAAUGUGCCAAAUCCAAUUCCGAACGGCGUGUAUACAUUAGAAGAUUUGAAGGAAUACGGCAAAAGAAUGAAGUUCUGUCCAUACUACUUAUCACGAAGAGCGAUCUCAUUUGCAAACGUUGUAAUAUACUCAUACCAUUAUCUACUGGAUCCCAAAGUGGCUGACCUUGUGUCCAAAGAGCUUUCCAAAGACUGUAUCGUCGUGUUCGACGAAGCUCACAACAUUGACAAUGUGUGCAUUGAAUCAUUAAGUAUAGACUUGACUAGGCCGGUACUAGAUGCAAGUGCUCGAAGUGUGGCUCUGUUGGCGGAAAGGAUAGAAGAGAUUAAGCGAACGGAUGCUGAAAAGCUGAAGAGAGAGUAUAGCCGUUUGGUUGAAGGACUACGUGAUGCCAGUGCGGCGCGCGAUGAAGAUAGCUAUAUGUCCAAUCCCGUUCUUCCUGAUGAUUUGCUGAAAGAAGCUGUACCAGGCAAUAUCCGGCGAGCAGAACACUUUGUUGCAUUCUUGAGACGAUUCAUCGAAUACCUAAAGACCCGAUUACGUGUCAUGCAUGUGGUUGCCGAGACUCCAGUGUCCUUCUUGCAGCAUUUGAAAGAUGUCACAUACAUUGAACGGAAGCCACUGCGAUUUUGUGCUGAACGAUUGACCAGUUUAGUGCGAACUUUGGAGCUUUCCGAUCUCGAUGACUAUGGCAGUCUACAGAAAGUCGCCGGGUUUGCUACACUGGUAUCGACGUAUGACAAAGGUUUUCUUCUCAUUUUGGAGCCUUUUGAAACAGAUACUGCAACCGUACCCAACCCUAUUCUUCACUUUACGUGUCUUGACGCAUCGUUAGCGAUACGGCCCGUGUUUGAGCGCUUCAGCACUGUUGUUAUCACAUCGGGUACUCUGUCACCUUUGGACAUGUAUCCCAAGAUACUAGACUUCAGUGCGGUUGUGCAAGAGAGUUAUUCCAUGACUUUGACCAGAAAAUGUUUCUUGCCAAUGAUGAUAACGAGAGGUUCGGAUCAAGUUGCUAUCAGCAGCAAGUUUGAAGUCAGAAACGAUCCAGCAGUGGUGCGAAACUUUGGUCAGAUCAUGGUGGAGUUUGCCAAAGCUGUUCCAGAUGGAAUUGUGUGCUUUUUCCCAAGCUAUCUUUACAUGGAGUCGAUUGUCUCUAUGUGGAAUGAUAUGGGUAUCUUGAACGAAGCCUGGAAACAUAAAUUGAUCUUUGUUGAAACGCCUGACGCUGCUGAAACCACAUUGGCUCUGGACAAUUACAGAAAGGCUUGCGAUAAUGGACGAGGAGCUAUCCUCUUGUCUGUUGCACGGGGUAAGGUAUCUGAAGGCAUCGAUUUCGAUCAUAACUAUGGCCGUGCUGUGAUUAUGUUUGGCAUUCCCUAUCAGUACACUGAAUCUCGUAUUCUCAAGGCACGUCUUGAAUAUCUUCGCGACAACCAUCAUAUCCGAGAGAACGAUUUCCUUACCUUCGACGCCAUGCGACAUGCUGCCCAGUGUGUCGGAAGAGUUCUUCGUGGUAAAACAGAUUAUGGACUUAUGGUGUUUGUUGACAAGCGCUUUGCCCGCGCCGACAAACGGAGCAAACUUCCAAAGUGGAUUAACGAAAAUGUUAUGGAUGCCUCAACUAACCUUUCCACUGAUAUGGCCAUCGCUAGCGCCAAGAAGUUUUUGAGAAGUAUGGCACAACCGUAUGAUGCAAAUCAGAUGGGCAUAUCAUUAUGGUCUGUUAAGGAUAUCGAAACCAAAGGUUAUAAGCGAAGUACAGUCAUCGCGAAAUAGUUGUACCGCGCGAUCUUACGUUUCUGAGGGUUCUAAAAUUUCAGUUGUGUUAUCAGAUGAAAAAAACAACCCCCGCUCUUUACAAAUUCCCCAAUAAACAUCUGAUAAAAAUCUGAUAAGUCAGCUCGUUUACUUCAACUCUUUUUUAUCUACGAU